AUGCCAAACAAAUAUAUGUUACUAGUAGCUUCAUCACUUGUGCGCUCAGCAUUGAGAGUGGUCAAUCCAGUGACAGUAAAAUGUGACAAUGUGGGUAUUAUGGCCCGUGUCUUUGGCGCAAUAUUCUUGUGUUGGGCAUUAUGUUCAAAACAUGAUGAAGUACGCACAUUUGUUUGUGUGGAGUGCCACAAGGCAUUUCCUACAAAUGCCGACCUGACACGCCAUAAGAAGCGCGAGAAGAAAAUUGGUUUGAAAUGUGAUAUUUGUGGUGUAACAGUUGCCGGAAAAACUGAUCUUCAAGAACAUUUAGACAGCCAUAGCAGGGAGAAGAACUAUAGAUGUGAGGAAUGUGGACGGGUCUACAAAUACCGACGGAAUCUAAGCCGGCACAUGAAAUCUCACAAGAAGGAUUAG